CUGCAGUCAGUGAACUCAGCUCUACUGGGACAGCUUCUAAUGGCUUCAUGCCUUCUGACGGCAUAGUAUAAUGUUGCUGGUUGGUUCCCAGGUGCACCUACGGGUUUUGUUUUCUACUGCUUCAGUGAGGAGAUGGGCACUGUGAGGUUUAAUGUACUGCUGCUGUUGUUGUUUGGGUCCUUCCACAGAGGGACAUCUCAGUUGCCUGAAUGGAAUGGAGAGCUGGAAGGUAGUGGUGAGAUAGAAUUGACUGCCCAGCCAGAUUCCAUAGAUGACACAUACUGGUCUGGAUCAGCCCCUCUUUGUUUAGGAGGCUGUAAGGCGCGGCACCGGGAGCUGAGGACAGAUCGCUGUGGAGACUCUAGCUGCUGCUGGAUCGGCUACAAAUCUUUGUGCAGAGUGAACUGUGGAAGGCCAGAUGUGGACUACAACGGAGUAGUGUAUGGUAAUGACUGGUGGGUGGGUUCUGUGGUGAGGUACACCUGUCGCUCUGGGUUCAAGCUUGUGGGAAAUCCUACCAGAUCAUGUCAGCCUAACGGCCUUUGGACUCCAAAACCUACCUGCCUACGAAUGUGUAAGCAGGGGCGCAUUGAAAUCAGUGAGCGUGAACUAAAUGGGACGUGCAGCUCCACUUGCAGGGAUAAGAGCUACUUUGGCCCACCCAAACAAGGCUGCACUCAGAUAAACAACUGUAAGAAGAAGGAGAUGGGCUGGAAACGCUUCUUUGCACAAUGUGUCCCUUGCAUUUGUGAAUGUGCUUUUUCAUGUGCAUCUGCCGGCUAAAACGCAGAGAACACACACUUACGAUGCGAGGAGACUGCAGACAAAGAAGCGACACAGACCGGCUGUAGACCAAAGAGUCAUGCUACAUUUCUGCUGCUUCAUCCAAUUUUGUGAACAAAUCUGGGUGUUUAAGGACAAUAAUUUAAUCUCUCUGGCGCACAUUGCUUUCUGUAUGUAAAGGAUUAUGUGACAAGAACAAAUCCUUCUGUCACAGCAAUGUUAACUUAUUCUUUAUAGGAUGUAAAGUGGCGAGAGGCUCAGAAAAACAAAAGUGAGGAAACAGAUUUCAUUAAAGGCAUCUGAGAGGUUUAGAUACUGUAGACUUGAGUCCAGCAAUUAUUUUCAGUGGAAAAUGACUUUAGCUCCCACAUGUUUGAUCCCUCAGACAUUAUUUCCAACAUCAUUUCCUGUCCUCUCCAGAUACAUAUCACAUACUGUAUUUAACAUGGACGUCUGUUAACACACGCACAUGUUUAUGUGCCUAAGAUAAGGAAGGAAAUAAAAGAAACAAGGAGAGAGGGAAGUGAAACCACAGAGAUUAGCACCUUGCUCCUCCUCUCAGUCCAUCUGUUGGGGAAGGAGCUGAGACCUUAAUCUUGUUACUAAAGGUUUGUUCAGGAGUCAGUAUUAACAGGGAGAGUGAUGUAGAACAUAUCUCUUAAUAGUGUUUAUACUUAAGUUGCUGUGCUGUGUGUACUAUUUAAUUAAAAAAAUAGAGUCUCUGAAAUCAAAUUUUUAUUUGUAUAUGUUGCAGGUGAAUUUGAUGAAUGUGAAAUGAAUUUAAAAAAGAGCAAAAAUGCUACUCAUGUGUCUGAAACCAAAAGUUGAACAGCUAAGGCACAACCCAGAUCAUUUCCCAGGUGCACAGAUCUCAAGUAGAGCUUUACAGAUGGCACUAAUAAUAUUCUGACAGGAUUAUAUCAACAGUUAUCCCCCGUGACCACUACCCCAUCAAUCCUCACAGAACAGCAUGUCAGCAAUGCACUUCCCGGCCUGUGAUACCCAGUGUAGUUUAGUAACAAAUAGCAUGGAUAAAGCAAGUCACAAAUCAAAAAAUAUGUGAGACAAAAUGUUCCAUAAGUUUUAACUGCUACUCGCGUUUGAUUAUUUGCUCGUGUUUGACUCCAGGAUUUUUUUCUUGCAUAAAGCAAUAUGUAGCAGACAAA